GCUCGACCGGGUCCAGUAGUCUCUAGUCAUCAAUUCUAUCACGUUACCACGACUGGGGAUCAUCGGCAAGUGACGUCACUGAGAGUCUCUUUCUCCUUCUUUCCUUCAAUCAGGACCGUCCGUUCUUCGUCAGGAUGAAGACGGAGGUGUUUUGUCUCCUGAUUUGUCUCGGGACCGUCACCGCUCUGACGAGGAAGCAAGAAGCUGCCGAACAGAGUCGUCGUAAGGCCGCUUCGGCAACAACACCGAAACAACCAGCAGCUGCGGAGGAAGAAUACGAAGACGACGAGCUCCUAGAUCAAUGUCCAGAGCCGAAUGGUUAUUUCCCGGACGCGGAGCAAUGCGACAAGUAUUACGACUGCCGUGACAGCAAAAUCACAGAGAAACUGUGUCCGGACGGUCUAGUUUUCAACGACUUCAGCCCUCAGCACGAGAAAUGCGAUCUGCCGUUCGGUAUCGAUUGCACGAAGAGGCCCAAGCUACAGAAACCUCAACCAUCGCCACAUUGUCCUCGCAUGCACGGCUACUUUGCUCACGAAGACACGAGAAACUGCAACACUUUCUAUUACUGUGUGGAGGGCAAGUUCAAUAUGAUCACAUGCCCGGAUGGCUUGGUCUUCUCCGAGAAGACCGGCAUCUGCAACUGGCCGGACGAGGCGCAGAAGAAGGGUUGCGGUUCCCGCGAGCUUUUCAACUUUACGUGUCCUAAGGUCGACGAUUCCGUAGCGGCCACGCACCCACGCUAUCCUGACAGUGAAGACUGUCAAUAUUUCUACGUGUGCGUCAAUGGCGAGAUACCCAGACGAAGUGGAUGCAAGCUCGGCCAAGCUUUCGACGAGCGCACCGGCAAGUGCGACUGGGCCAGGAAAAUACCCGAAUGCAAAGACUGGUACAAGGGUCAACUAACUGACGAGGAACUUGACGCGUUGGAGAACCCACCGCCAAGGCCCAAACCUACAGGUGGAUCCAGCAGAAGAAAAGGCAGCAGACCGACGUAGGGACGAGUUCUUAGAUUAAAUUAGAUUAGCUUUGUAGGUUUUUAAAACACGCUCUCUCUCUCUCUCUCUCUCUCUCUCUCUCUCUCUAUUUUUAAAUCGCUCCAUUGUACAAUAAAUUUAUCUUUACUACAAACAGGCUCU